GCCGCUCGACGCCAAAAAGAUGCUGCCUCUCACUUCUGGAGCAGUCUGUUGGCAGUUAUCGUGACUUGGGUAGUCGACGACGAAGUUAUGGGCUGCUCGAGCAAGGUCGUUUCUGACCAAAUUGCCGACACGAGGUCAAACCGACGCCAUUCGGCGUGA